ACAAAACUGAUUCUGAAUAUUCUAGAGAAUCAGAUUGAAAACCUUUUCCUGCUUGUGAAAAAACAUCAGUUAUAUGUUCUCUUUGAGAGCUCCUGUGGAUAUGGAUUAUUCCGAACCACAGAAUUUGAAGAAGUUGCUAUAUUCAUGCCGGAAGUGCAAAACAGUAUUUUGGAUAUAAGUAAAUUCAGAAGUGUUGUGUUUUUACAUGCAUUUCAUCCAUUUGAAACUGUUAAUGAAGCUUAUGACAAUAUGCAAUGCAUAAUGAAAGGCAAACUUCAUAUGGACUUACAUAUUUUUUUGGAAAAUAAUGUCCCAAAGGCAAAGAAAGGUAAACAAUCUGUGGUUCUUGGGGUAUCAGAUACUGCAUUAGGCACAUCUAUCACAGACACUCUUGGAAUUGCUUGUAAUACUUCUGGAGUUGUUUUGGAAGUUAUUAGAGGAAUCCGUUUCCAUUUUCCUAAAUUGAUUAAAGGUUAUAAAGAUCAAGCCACUAUUGACAGAUCACAAUUGGGACUUUCUCAUCACUACGCCAGAAUAAAACUGAAAGUCAAAUUUGACAGACUGGUUCCAGAAACCGUUGAUAUGAGUGAUCAGCUGAAUAAGGAUAUAAAUACUUUAGGGUCAAGAGUUAGGCAUUGGUAUUCACUCCAUUUUCCAGAACUUUCUACUAUACUGCCAGAUCUUCAGACAUAUAUUAAAUGUGUUAAAGAAAUAAAAAAUCGAAAAUUCAUACCCGUAAAGGUAACAUAUGCAUUGGAAGCUAUUUUAAACGAUUCUGAAAAAGUUCAGGAAAUCAUUGAAGCUGCUCGGACUUCUAUGGGUAUGGAUAUUUCUGAAGAGGAUAUAGAAAAUAUUGUAAACUGUAUAGAGCAAAUAGUUUCAUUAAUUAAACGUAAGGAAGAAACAAACAACUAUUUAAAUUCAAAAAUGAGACAAAUUGCUCCUAAUUUAUCUGCUCUGAUUGGUGAAAAGGUUGGAGCUCAGUUAAUCUCUCAGGCUGGAAGUUUAACCAAUUUAGCCAAAUUUCCUGCAUCUACUGUUCAAAUUUUAGGUGCUCAAAAAUCUUUGUUUAGGACUCUAAAAAUUAAAGGUCAAAAAGAGACUUUUGGUUCACUAAAGAAAUCAACAUUAGUUGGCAAAUAUUUGAAAGGACGUACUUCCAGAUACCUAGCAAACAAAUGUUCACUGGCUUCAAGAAUUGACUGUUUUAGUGUAAUCCCUACAGAUGUAUAUGGGCAGAAAUUGAAGCGAAAAGUUGAUAACCAAGUGAAUUUAUAUAAGAUAAAGAAUUUAGGAAUUGCUCCUGAUUUAAUUGUGAAUGAGGAGAGGAAAGCAGCUUUAGCUGCCAAGAAAGCUCUCCGUAGAAAACUGAAAAAGGAAAGGAGGCGUCAAAAGUUGGCUAACAUUGAAGGAAAAAAUAACAUUGAACCUGAAGUGGAAACGAUGGAGGAAGUUCCAUCAGAUGUUUCUGUACAGAAACAGAAGAGGAAAAGAAAAUCAAAAAUAUAGGAUGUUCAUUGGGAGGAAACCUUAAGAGCAAAGAGAACUGAUGGAAACCACAUCCAGCAUACUUUGUAUAUACCCAUGUACAUAAG